AUGUCUGCAACACUAGAACAAGACUCGGCGGACUUAGAGGCUAGAUUAGCAUCUACUCCGCCAGAAGCGCACGCCGUGCGCGACAAUCUAAAAUCACUUGCCGCUGGCGGCGUUGGUGGCGUCUGCGCUGUACUAACAGGCCACCCUUUUGACCUGAUCAAAGUACGCUGUCAAUCUGGCCAGGCUUCGGGAGCACUUGACGCAGGUAAGCGCGUCCUGCGUGAGGCGCGCGCUCAGCCUGGUGCGUUACCCCUGAACCAGAUGCGCGGCUUCUACCGCGGCGUUGUGCCGCCACUUCUGGGCGUCACGCCGAUUUUCGCAGUGUCAUUCUGGGGAUAUGACGUGGGGAAGCGCUUGGUCGCCUGGGGUAACAGUCCCGCACCAGAGAUCGCUGGUGCCGCUGUCGCUAGAUCGCUAACCACGGGACAACUGGCUCUGGCCGGAUUUCUGUCGGCUAUUCCUACGACCCUCGUGACCGCGCCUACGGAGCGGGUGAAAGUAGUGCUACAGACGUCGGAUAGCGGUUCUUUUGUGGGAGCGGCCCAGAAACUCGUGCGCGAAGGCGGCGUGCGCUCGUUGUUCCAAGGCACGCUGGCGACGCUAGCGCGCGACGGGCCUGGGAGCGCGCUGUACUUCGCGUCGUACGAGGUGUGCAAGCGGUAUUUGAGCGGAACCAACGCGGCCACGGCCGCGUCGGAGCCGCUCAGCGUCGCCAGCGUAUGCUUGGCAGGUGGCGCGGCAGGGAUGAGCAUGUGGAUCGGCGUGUUUCCAAUAGACACGAUCAAGACGAGGCUGCAGUCAGGCUCCGGCGCGCAGACAAUGGCGCAGGCUACGCGUGAGAUAUACGGGCGCGGCGGGAUCCGGGCGUUUUUCCCGGGGCUCGGCCCGGCUUUGCUGCGCAGCUUCCCGGCCAAUGCAGCUACGUUUCUCGGCGUGGAACUUACGCACGAGCUGUUCAAGAAGUACAACGUGUAG